AGGGCAACGAGAGAGAAGCAGGGAUCACUCAUGGCCUACGUCGAUCACACAUUCUCCAUCGGCGACGACGAGCCGGCGGGCACGCCCAUCGAUGGCCGAUCGCCAGUCAAGGAGAUCGCCCUGGCGGCGGCGUGCCUGGGGCUGGGCAGCGUGUCCAUGGUCGCGGGGCUAGUCAUGAUGUAUCACAGAGUCGGGGGCGACAAAGCUCACGGGAUUGCGUUCAUGGUGCUUGGCGGCCUCGUUUUCAUGCCCGGGAUCUAUCAGUCAAGAACAGCCUACUACGCUUACAAGGGCUACAAGGGCGUCUCUUUCACCUCCAAUCUAGCGGCAGUGUGAGAGGAUCUGGAACUCUUUUUUUCUCUCUUCGUCUUUCUUGCUGGCCAGAGCUUUGGGAAGCAAGCAAGCUUGGCGUUGGCGACCGAGAGAUCGAUUCUCGGUCGAGAGAGAUUCUUGUACAUAAACCAAAGGAAAUAAGUUUUGUCCAUUCAUUGUUCUUGGAAGAA